GUGUUGGAAUAAGUGCCAACAAAUUCAUAUUAGUUUCAUUAAUUUUAGACGAAAAAUGGCAUCUUUUUUGGCGCGUGCAGGGGGUACUUUUGUUGAAACAAUAAACCCCAAAACGGUGACAAAGAUCCUGAAAUACUCGCCAAUCGGACUGCAGCAGUUGAGGAACCUAAAUGUUCAGGAACAUGUUUCAUAUACGCUGCUGAACGAAAGUAACAUCCCAACGCCUCGCUUCGCCGUUGCAAAGAAUGGUAAAGAAGCUCAUGACAUAGCCAAAAAACUAAAGACAGAUAAUCUGGUGCUUAAGGCCCAAGUUCUUGCUGGCGGACGUGGUAAAGGCACAUUUAAAAAUGGCCUUAAGGGCGGCGUUCGUGUCGUCUUCGAUCCGAAGUCAGCAGAGGAAAUUUCCUCGAAGAUGAUCGAUCAGCUAUUGGUCACCAAGCAAACCGGCGAGGCAGGUCGUCUCUGUAAGAAGGUAAUGGUUGCCGAGCGAAAGUUUCCUCGCCGUGAAUUCUAUUUUGCUGUCAUGUUGGAGCGCGCUUUCAAUGGACCCGUACUGAUCGCAUCCAAGGAGGGUGGCGUCGAUAUCGAAGAAGUUGCCAAAGAUAGUCCCGAUGCCAUUAUUUACGAGCCAAUUGAUAUUGGCAAGGGACUGACCAAAGAACAGGCCUCCCGCGUCAUUGACAAGGUCGGUCUGGGUGGUGAAAAUGCUCAGGAACACGUCGAUAUGCUGCUUAACCUCUACAAGCUGUUUGUGAAGAAGGAUGCACUGUUAGUUGAGAUCAAUCCCUAUGCGGAAGAUGCCAUGACUGGCUGCUUCUUUGCCCUGGAUGCCAAACUGCGUUUUGAUGACAAUGCGGAGUUCCGGCAAAAGGAGCUAUUCAGCUUGCGUGACUGGACCCAGGAGGACCCCAAAGAGGUCGAAGCGGCCAAAUACAAUUUGAAUUAUAUUGCGCUAGAUGGUACCAUCGGAUGCAUGGUUAACGGUGCUGGCUUGGCCAUGGCCACCAUGGACAUUAUCAAGUUGUAUGGUGGUGAGCCGGCCAACUUCCUUGAUGUUGGCGGUGGCGCCACAGCUGAAGCRGUCAAGGCUGCAUUCAAGAUUAUCACUUCCGACAAGAAGGUCAUGUGUUUGUUAGUUAACAUUUUCGGCGGCAUUAUGCGUUGUGAUGUUAUUGCCGAGGGUAUCAUAGCCGCUGCCAAAGAUUUGAAUCUUAACCUACCGAUUGUUGUGCGCUUGCAGGGCACUAAAGUGAAGGAGGCUCGSGAAUUGAUCCGCAACUCAGGAUUGAAGAUUUUGGCCCGAGAUGAUUUAGACAAGGCUGCCGACAUGGCUGUGCAUUUGGCACAAAUCGUAUCGUUGGCUCGUGAAAUGAACAUGGAUAUUAACUUUGAGAUUCCCGAUGCACAGAAGUAGAUCCAUCCAAUAAACGGCUAAGUCAACCAUACAGCCCACGUAGAACACAAACAACAGCAACAACAAACAAACAAAUAUACAUCUACUCAAAAA